UUGCAUAAACUAGAAAAACGACUCAUUUAUUGUUUUAUUGAAUAAAGUUGUUAUUAAGUCUAUAUUAGAGAAGUGUUUGUUUGCUUAAAAUAAUGGAGCAUUUGAUUUCAUUGAUAUUACUAUCUGUAAUAUCGAUGACAUCAUGUGUUCUUCCAAUUGCUGAACCAUAUAUUGAUGGCAAAGGUUAUGGUCCGUAUGGCUAUAACGAACCGGCCGUUGUGUAUAAAGAAGCUGUAGUACAACCUACAGUUGUGGUCAAAGAUGCGCCUGUAGUAUACAGACAGCCUGUUGUUGUAAAACAGUCGGGUAUUGUAUCAAAAGGAGGGCCUAUAAUAUUUAAGAACCCUAUUCCUCCACCAGUCGUUAUCAAUCAAGCCUAUAGCUCACCAGUUGUUACCAGAGAAGCCUACGCCGAGCCUUAUGCUGUCAAACAGGCAUAUGCAGCACCGGUUGAUUAUCAUCAAGGACCAAUACCUGAACCAAUUGUCUACAAAAAUGUUAUUGCUGGACCAGCUGCCGUUAAACAACUUUAUGCCGAACCAUUUGUGACCAAACAAGUCUAUGCCGAGCCAGUUGUGGCCAAACAAGUGUAUGCCGAGCCAGUUGUGGCCAAACAAGUAUAUGCCGAACCAUUUGUGACCAAACAAGUAUAUGCCGAACCAUUUGUGACCAAACAAGUAUAUGCCGAACCAUUUGUGACCAAACAAGUAUAUGCCGAACCAGUUGCAGAACCAGUUGUUGUCAAACAAGUUUAUGCCGAACCAAUUAUUACCAGAAAAGCUCCAAUUGUUGGAUAUAAUGAACCAUUGGUUUAUAAAGAUGCAGUUAUGUCUGUAUAUAGACAACCAAUAUACCAUAAGUCGUCACACGGACCGGGCUAUCAUUAUGUUGAAGCCGACGGUUCAGUUAUUUGGGAUAAAUACGGCAUUUGUGGACCAAAACUCAUACAUUGUACUCAAUUGAAAUUAAAUGCAAAAUCCUAUUUCCCGCACGCAUACGCCGGGUAUGGAUAUGGAUUACAAGAGCAUAGUUUAGGAUAUACUAGAAAAUUGGAUUAUAAAAUACCUGUUCCCGAACCCAUUAUUACAACUGUGACGACUACUAUAUCAAAAGAUUAUAAUUCUGGACUGGCUUUAGGUGAAGAUCAUUGGAAUCAUUUAGGAUGGGGUGGUGUUGGCUAUGGAUUGGGUGGUAUUGGUGUCGGACACGACUCUUAUGACUUGUAUCUGAAGAAAAAGAAAAAGAAGAAAUAAGUC